AUGGCGGACAAACGCAAGGUGCCGCCGAUGGCGGGCGCGGCCGGCGACGCGACGUCGGUCGUGAAGCGCGUGCGGCAAGGCGAAGGCGCAUUGACGCAGACGCAGCGGCGCACUAGUGCGCUCUCGAGUGCCGUGAUUUCGCUCCAAGGCGCGCACACUGCCGAAGUGCUCGACGUCAAGUUUUCGCCGUGCGGCGAAAAGAUCGCGGCCGCGUCCGCGGAUCAUAGUGUCUCGCUGUGGGAGACGUACAAAGGGAACCGCAACCUGGGCCUGCUCACGAGCCACUCGCGCGCCGUGACAUGCGUCGCGUGGGCCCCGACGGCCGAGGGGGACGUCGUCGUGUCGGGCUCGGCGGACAAUACGGUCAUUGCAUGGAAUGCCAAGACGGGACAAAAGCUGCGCCGCUUCCGGGGGCACAAGGGAAUUGUGAACGGCGUCGCAUGCACGCGCACUGGGCGCCCGCUCAUUGCGUCGGCUUCCGACGACGGCCGCGUGCUCGUGUGGGACCUGGACGAGCGGCACUUUGUCGACGCGCUGGAUUUCGGAUACCCCGUCACCGCCGUGGCGUUCUCGGAAGAUGCGACGCAGCUCUUUGUCGGCGGCGUCGACAAUGCGAUCCACGCGAUGGACCUCACGACCAAGCAGCGGCAGUACUCGCUGCGGGGGCACCUCGACUCGAUCGCCUCGCUCGCUCUCUCGCGCUCGGGCACGCACCUCUUGUCCUCGGCGCUGGACGACGCGGUACGCAUCUGGGAUGUGCGCCCGUUUGCGCCGGAAGCACGGCCGGGCGACACUGGCAGCCCACGGCUCUACCGCACGCUCACGGGGCAGCCGAGCGGCUUCGAAAACAUCCUGAUCAAGGCGGCCUGGAGCAUGGACGGCGAGCGCGUCGCGAGCGGCGGCGCGGACCGCACAUGCACCAUCUGGGACGUGGAAAAGGGCGCUAUCCUGUACAAGCUGCCGGGGCACCGCGGGACGUGCACCGCAGUCGAUAUGCACCCGCUCGAGCCGAUCGUCGUCUCCGCCUCCACCGACCGCACAUUGCUCCUGGGUGAAAUCGAGCCGGAAUAG